AUGGUAACUCAAAUGUCCAAGAAGGAUCAACAACAACAACAAGAAUCUACUAAUUCAAAGUCAUUCUGGCUUGAACCGACACAUUGGGCUCAUAUCAAAUGGCCUGAUCGUUCCAUUUACAACAUAUACGACUUUCCUAGUUGCGAAAUUGACAUUGACUUCAAUCAACCCGAACUUUCUCAAGCAACAUUGACUACCAUUACAGAACAAGUCGAACAAGAGUGUUCCGUCGGUGCCUAUUUCAAUAUCAAAGGUACUGGUGAAGGUGUUGUAUGGACAGAAUGGACUCAAUCACAAGGUGAUCUCACUUUCAAAGUGAAGGGUCGACAGCAUUUGAUCAGUCAAGACAAAGUCUUGGUACCAGUCCGUGUGACAAGAGUAGCCAAUAUGAAGGAGUUUUUCAACUAUGCAUGUACGGAAAAUCGAAUGCGUCAAGCUUUGGACUAUAUGCGCGAACAGAAAGUAUCCAUUGAAGCAACAAAUGCGAACAUCUUUCUUCGAUGGCUCACUGAAGAUAUUAUCAAAGAAGAGAAGGACGUUAUGAAUGCAUCUGGUAUUGAUGUAAGAUCGAUCUCGAGUUCAAUACAUAAUCGAGCACAUCCAUGGUUUAUAAAAUCAGUCAUUCAUCAUCGACAAGUCCAUCGUAGAAAGCAAAAUAGUUCCUGUAAAUAA